GCAGAUAUGAAAAAUCUAACAAAAAGCAGCUAUUUUAUGCAAGGCCAGAUUCGCGUUUUCCAUAUACUGAAUCUGCAAGAAAUGCUCGAAGUCCCAGAUAAAGAUGGCUGCGUGGAAGCAUUACUCUGCAAUAAUAUUUGUGCAACUCCUAAUGGCAGUCAUGAAUUUGUUAGGAAAGACUGCAUUUAAUCGUGGCAUGAGUACCUUUGUUUUUGUUUUUUAUAGACAAGUCGUUGCUACUGUUUUUCUAACGCCACUGGCCAUCAUCUUUACAAGGAAAACAGCACCGCCGACUUCAUUUAAAAUGCUUGUGAAGAUUUUCAUGCUUUCCCUUCUGGGAUUUCCAAUAAAUUUGAAUCUACAAAGCGUAGUUGUCAAUUACACAUCUGCAACUGUGGCAUCUGCAGCUCUGAAUCUUAUGCCUGUUUUCACCUUUUUACUAACUGUCCUGCUAAGGAUAGAGACUUUUCGGCUUAAAAGCAUGUCGGGGAUCGCCAAGCUCUCAGGAUUUGUACUAUGCGUAACUGGAGUAAUGUUAAUAGCACUGUAUAAAGGCCCGCAACUUAAAAUUUUGAACUUUCAUCAGCCAUUUCUCCAAAGCAGUGGCAACCACAAUUACUCCACUGAAAGUCGGCUAUCAUGGAUUUUAGGUUCUUUUCUUGUGUUCGUGGUGGCCAUUUUCUGGGCUUUAUGGACAGUUCUGCAGGGGAUCAUAAUCAAAGAAUAUCCUUCCAAGCUUCUCUUAGCUACUCUAAUAUCUUUAUUCAGCGCUUUUCAGUGUUUUCUUGUUGCUUUCAUCUUUGAAAGUAAUUUUAAGAAAUGGAAGCUGCGCUGGGAUGAAGGAUUACUUGCAGUGGCCUACAAUGGUGUCUUUAUUGCUGGUCUUGCACUAUAUUUGCAAAGCUGGUGCAAUGAUAAGAAGGGCCCAUUUUUUGUAGCUGCGUUCUCCCCUUUGGCUCUUGUUUUUACUAUCACUAUUGCAUCAGUAAUACUGGGAGAGAGAACAAAUCUCGGAAGUGUAUUUGGAUGCGCUUUUAUAGUUGGAGGUCUUUACGGCGUGCUCUGGGGAAAGAGUAGAGAUAACAUACCAAGUGGAGCACCCAUAGAAAGUGCGGGAGAAGACCUAAAGAUUGGUAAUGAAUUUAAUAUUGAAGAAGGGAAAUGAUGAGCUACCAAUAGUGCAAAAUCAACGAGGUUGCUGGUUUGUUGAAGCGAAAGGGAAGAAAUAAAACAAGAAUUAAUAUUAUAAUGUCAACAUAAAUUUAAUGAAACUUGUUGGGAUUUU